AUGGCGGGCCGCUUUGUCACGAGUCGCCCCGGCCCCGGCGGGUCGAUCGCAUACGAGCUCGACCCGGCGAGUGUCACGGCAGCCUUCCCGUCGCAUGACGUCUCGACGGCGCUCAAGGCCAUGGUCGAAGUCUCGCUCCGCGACGUUGGCAGCCUUCUCCCCAGAGACAUCCACGACGUCAACACGGCCAAGCUCCAAGAAUUCUUCCCAGACGGCCUCCAGGCCACGGACGAGCUCGUCGUGCUGCCGUACAAGAAGGCUCAUACGCAAAUGGUGGGCCUCGCCGAACUUCCCGAUCUUCCUCUCGGCCACCGCGCUGCGUUUGUUGGGCAAGGCAAGCUCGAGCUCGCCCCGGGAAUCGACCCGACGCGGUUCAUCGCGAUUGGCGCCAUCCAACUCGACCUUCUCCUUAUGGGGAAGCAUCGCCUGAAGAAAUGGAAGCGCGACGUCGAGAAAUUGCUCGAGUUCUCCGCUGCGAUCCCGGUUGACCCGCCGACGACGCCCCAGCGUAUCAAAGGCAACCCACUCAUCAUGGCGUCUCCAUCGCCCCGGCGCAUUGGCGGGCGCCCCAUGACGUCGCCGUCUGCCCGGAGCUUGCCGUCGCGAUCGCCGCAAAUGAUUGAGUUCAUUCCGCAGCCGUCGUCGGCGUCGUCGCCCGCCAAGAAGAAGACGAAGGCUGGCGCGCGUCUCCAGGCGGUGGUGGAGCUCGACCCGAUCGAGACGAUGAAGACGGCGUUCAACGACGCCAAGACGCCCCAGACGCCCAAGACACAGAAAUCGUCGACCCAGACACGCGAUUUCUUCUUCCAAGUGCUUGGGUCCGAGGCGCCCAAGUUCUCGACCAAGAUGUCCACGACGGAAACGUACCAGGAGCGUUUUGUCGCGCUUCUCGUCGCCGAGGCCAGAGCCGCCAUCAUCGCUGGGCAAAACCCGCUGCCUGCCACGUUCACAGAGCUCGCCGCCUCGUUGGACGGCGUCUCAGACCCAAACGCUGCGACGUUCCAGACGCGUGGGGAAAACUCGAUCAAAAUCGGUGACGUCGUCCGCCUCAAGGUUGACAACUCACGACGGGCUAUCGGCAUUGUCGAGCGCGCGCAUAGACAAACGAUCGACGUCGUCUUCCUCCAUGCAGCGAAGACGGUGCUCGACCUCCCCAAGGCCGUCAAGAUCGAAGCCAAGGUGGUCGCGUCGCUGGUGACGACGCUGCGCAUGGUCCACGGCGUCGGUUCCAUCGACAAGUUGCCCGGGCACUUGCGCGACGUCAUCCUCAACCAGUCAAGUGCCACCGCGUCCGUCUCAGUGCACAAGGUUGCCGCGACCACGCUUCGCGACGUCAUCGCAAAGUCGACCGGGGCGCUUAAGACGUCGACCAAGGGCAAGGGCAAGAAGUCGACCAAGAAGCAAAUGUCCAAGGAGGACGAAGACGUCGUGCUGACGCUCUUGACAGAUCUCACCAAGAUGAAGAUCUCGGUCGAAACCCUCGAGGUGACCAAGAUCCACGACGUCGUCGCCGAGCUCGUCAACAAGGUCAAGGCGCCCACCGAAGCCAUUGCCAUGGCGGCGGCCACACUCGACAACGUAUAUCAGUCGCUCAUCACGCCGAAGCUCUACGACGUGGACCGCUCGGUGGCCGAUCUCAUCGCGUCCGAGAUCAACCCGUCGCAGUUCAAGGCGCUGCGUCGCGGCCUUGGCAACCUCGAGACCGGUCUCUCGCUCUGGAAGGGCCGCCGGGCGUCGCCGUCCAAGGGUCCGUUGCCAAGUGUCCUUGUGACCUCGGAUUCGAACGCAGCGAUCGACGAGAUCAUCGAGCGCAUCUUCUCGGUGGGAAUCUACCUCGUUGGCCACACGACGAAGGUCCAAGCGCGACUGCCACGCCCGGAAGGAUUCUUGGCGCCCCCGCUCACGGCCGUCAAGAUGGGCAGUCGGCCUGGCGCGCGGGACAUUGGCCUCGCGACGGCAGCUGCGCAGUACAAGAAGGAGAUCAAGGACGCGUGCGAGAAGCUUCCCGCCAACGACAAGCGCGCCGCGAGCCUUCGCGUCGAGAAGGAUCUGGACAAGUGGGAGCUCUUGGCGCGCGUUGCGGGCAAGGCCAACAUCAUUUUUGCGACGCAUUCGUCGUGCGCUGGCGCUGACAUGACGCACAAGCUCCGGCAGUCGGGCUUUGACGCGGUCAUUGUCGACGAGUGCGGCCAAGCGACCGAGCCGAGCUCGCUCCUCGCGCUCCUCGCGCAGGCCGGUCGGUUCUUUUUUGUGGGCGACACCAAGCAGAUCGCGCCGACCGUCGUCAGCGACGACGCCAAGACGCACGGCUUGGACGUCUCGCUCAUGGAGCGCUUGGAAGCGUAUUUGCCCGUGACGAUGCUCACCGAGCAACAUCGCAUGCAUCCGUUCAUGAGUGCAUUCACGGCCAAGGCGUUCUACGACGCUGCUUUGACGGACGCGCCGGCGAUCGCGCGACGCGUGUUGGCGCAGGACGCAAGCAUGUACGCGCACCCGGCGUUCCAGCCGCUCACUGUCGUCGACAUCGCUGGCGUUGAGAAGCGCGUCGGCACCUCCAAGGCCAACGACGCCGAAGUCAAGUUUUGCAUCGACCAGAUCGAGCAACUCAUGAUGACAUUUCCGCGGGUUCAGAGCGGCGAGUGGAGCAUCGGGAUCAUCACACCGUACAAGCCGCAAGUGCACAAGAUUGUGGGCGCCAUUAACGCCAAGAUCGCAGCCAAGAUGGAGCCCGCGGCGUGGAGCAGCAUCGAAGUGUCCUCGGUCGACGGCUUCCAGGGCCGCGAGAAGGACAUUAUCCUCGUCUCGUGCGUCACAAGUGGCAACGUGGGCUUCCUCGACGACGACCGACGCACCAACGUCAUGACGUCGCGCGGCCGCCGCUUCUGCAUCGUCAACUGCAAUGCGUCCGCACUGCAAGGCCACGCGACGUGGCGCAUGUUGUUUGAGCACGCCAAGGACAAGUGCGCGUUUGUCGGCGCCGGCGCCAAGCCCUUUGCGACUGUGUGGGCCGAGACCGAGGCCGACGACGCGCUCAAGGCCCGCGUCAACCACCAGCACGCGACGCUCCGUGCGACGCUCGAGCAGCGUGACGAGAAAGGCAAGGCGAACCCGGACGACGAAGAAAAGGCGGCCCCGAACGAGGAAGAAUCCAAAGACGAAAUGCCUUCGGACACCAAGCGCAAGCGCCGCGGCAGUCCCAAGGUGCACGUCUCCAUUUUGUGA